UGCCUUCGAGGGGUCGAGCCUGGCCGGGGACCGGCAGGGUACGCGGUCUGCCGCAGCCACCGUGCCUCGGGGCGAGGGGCAGAGGGAGGCCUUGGCGGCCAGCGCGGGGAUGUCGAGAAGCUCGAAAGCGGUACUGGGCCUCUCGGUGCUCCUGACGGCGGCCACGGUGGUCGGCGUGCAUCUGAAGCAGCGGCAGGACCGGCAGAGGCUUCGUGAUGGUGUAAUCAGAGACAUUGAGAGGCAAAAUCGGAAAAAAGAAAACAUUCGUCUUUUAGGAGAACAGAUUAUUUUGACUGAACAACUUGAAGCAGAAAGAGAGAAGAUGUUGGAAAAAGGAUCUCAAAAAACAUGACUUUAAAU